AUGGUAGCUGAUUUGAUCAACGAUACUAUGCGAGAAUGGAAUCAGCCUCUGAUAAAACAGCUUUUUGAGGAAAAUAUAGCCAACGAAAUUUUAGCCAUCCCCCUGAGCAUGAACCCUAAACCUGAUCACAUAUUGUGGACAGGAAACAGAGCAAGAUCAUUCUCUGUAAAAAGCGGAUAUAAUAGGGCGUAUUUAUCAGCUACAAGGAAAAAUCAAUACCAGGCCUCUUGUUCGUACUUGCCUCCACGCAACCUAUGGACGCAGAUUUGGAGUCUCACGGAGGAUCAGAGGUUGCAUGGCAUAAAUCUCCAGAGAAACAUAAAGCAAAUAGAUCAAUGGCUGGUGGUGGUUUUUCAAGAAAAAAGGGAGGUACCUAUACGGGUGUUCAUCGGGCUGGUUCUUUGGCAGAUUUGGAAGGCCAGGAACUCAUGGAUCUUUAGGGGAAAACACCCACAACCUCCAGAAAUCAUCGAGCUCGCACAGAACCAGAGUAUUACCAUGACGCAGGGGAUGAAAAACCAGAAGAACAAAAGUCAAGAUCAGAUCUUACCAGUGCGUUGGAACCCCCCGAAAAAUCGAGAUGUGAAAAUGAAUGUAGAUGCGUCAUGGAUACCAGGAGAGUUCCUUGGAUCUGUAGCAGGAAUUGCACGGGAUGAAUCUGGAUCUGUAGUCGAAGGGUUCGCGGCCGAAGUUAGGGCUUCCUCGGCGUCUCAAGCGGAAGCCGAAGCACUUCUCCACAGGAUACACUAUCUAAAGGAGAUAAGUUCGAAGUGUGUGGGGGAGGCGAAAAGUUAG